AUGAACCGUUGUGGUGCACGCGCCUCUCUUGGACUCUGCCGCCAGCGCUUGGCCUCCUCGCCCACUGCUGCCGCGCGGCUCUACUCGUCGGCCACGGUGAAGAUAGAGAAGACGGGCGAGCCGGUGAAAGUGGCCCUCAUCCCUUCAGAUGGCGUCGGCAAGGAGGUAGUGCCCGAAGCCCGCCGAGUGCUUGAGGCCGUUGAGCCUCAUCUGCCCUUCGCAUUCUCGUGGGAAACGAUCGAGGGCUUGAAGGGCUGCGACGGCGCGCUCUUCGGUGCGGUGUCGUCGCCCUCGCACAAGGUCGAAGGCUACUCGAGCCCCAUCAUCGGCAUGCGCAAGGCGCUCGACCUCUACGCCAACCUCCGGCCCGUCAUCUCCGCUCCUAUCAAGCCUCGACUGAACCUCUUGACACACUGCGAGCAGACCAGCCGACCGGACAUCGACAUGUUGAUCGUGCGCGAGAACACCGAGUGCCUGUACGUGAAGAAGGAGCGGAUGGAGAACGGACCCCAGGGCCGAGUCGCCAUCGCCGACCGCGUCAUCAGCGAGUAUGCCUCCACCAGGAUCGCCCAGAUGGCCUUCUCGCAAGCGGAAAGGCGAGCGGCGGUGAGGGCCGGCAGCAAGCGACCUGCGCGUGUGACGGUCGUUCACAAGUCCAACGUCCUGUCGGUCACUGACGCUGAGACGAUCUUCCGCCACACUGUAGGUCUUUUCCGCGAGUGCGCUCUCGAGGUGGCCAAGAAGUACCCGCACAUCGAGGUCGAGGAGCAGCUCGUCGACUCCAUGGUGUACAAGAUGAUUCUCGAUCCUCAGCGCUAUGACGUCGUGGUGGCGCCCAACCUCUACGGUGACAUCCUCUCCGACGCCGCUGCUGCUCUCGUCGGCGGUCUGGGUCUGGCCCCGAGCGCCAACGUGAGCGACAGCUUUGCGCUCUGCGAGCCCGUGCACGGGUCCGCCCCGGACAUCGCCGGCAAGGGCAUCGUCAACCCGCUGGCCACCAUCCGAGCCGCCGCGCUCCUGCUCCGCCACCUCCGCGGACCCCACGCCGACGCCGCCGCGCAGAUGGGCGACGUCAUCGAGGAGGCCGUCAACCGCGCCCUCGCCGCCGGCCCCCUCACUCCCGACAUGGGCGGCAAGGCGAGCACCACGCAGGUGACCGACGCCGUGAUCGAGCACCUCAAGAGCCUCCUGCUCAACAAGCAUUGA